UAUUAUAUUGUUUAGUGAAUGACUAGUCAAUGUAGAAAUGUGAGUUUGUAACAGAACGGUGAUGAGACAGAUUUUUCUGGGGCUUCUUUUGGGACUAGCCAAUGCUGAGCUUGUACAUGUAUCCAUUGGAGAAGAAUUGCCCAUCGGAUCACUUGUUUCCAAACUCAUGUUUCCUGGGGAGUACAGUCUGUAUGAUGUAAAUGAACAAUAUUUUGCACUCAGUUUUGAUGGUAAAAUCACAACAAAGUCAAGAAUUGACCGCGAGAGCGAGCCAUUCAAUGAUCCAGAAAACCCUUAUGAACUAAAAGUCAGACACGGUCAAACUCUAAUUCAAGUCCUGAUAAACGUUAUAGACAUCAAUGAUAACAAACCUUUGUUCAAAAUUAAACAAGACACAUUUGCUUUCAGAGAAAAUGCUCAGAUAGGUGAUGAAAAAACACUGCCUGAGGCAAUUGAUAUUGAUUAUGGCAUUAAUUCAACCCAAGGUUACCGUAUUGUAUCCGGCAACACUGACAACACCUUUGAGAUAGUGUCAUUUAAAGCUGGCAAUCGCAAGUUCUACUAUCUCCGACUGAAGCGGGGACUUGAUCGUGAGCGCACCCCCAGCUUCACUAUAACUAUAGAGGCAUACGAUGGAGCCUACCCAGCCAAGAGGGACACACUUGAGGUUCAGAUUAUUGUAGAGGAUGAGAACGAUUGCAGCCCCGAGUUUAAUCAGACUCAUUAUUACGCAUCUGUCAGAGAGGAUGCUAAUAUUGGAUACAAGAUACUCACUGUGAAAGCAACUGAUGAUGAUAGCGGAUCUAACUCCAAAAUAGUCUACUCGAUCGACAGAGACUUUUACACAGACAACAAGUUUAUGAUAAACAAGAAAUCCGGGGACAUCACUCUUCAGGGCCCGCUCGACUAUGAACAAGAGAAGGAGAUAUUCCUGGCUGUAAAAGCUACAGAUGAGGGUACACCUCCUAGAGAAACAAAGGUGUUUGUGAGUAUAACAGUGAUAGACGUUAACGAUAACCAGCCUCAAAUAGAGAUUAUCUACAAGUCCGCUUCUGAUACCGAAGCACAAGUAGACGAGGACGCGUCACCAGACUCACCAGUAGUUACAAUAAGAGUGACUGAUGAUGAUGACGGGGAGGCAGGCCGGGUUAUUUGUGAGAUGGACAGUGAGAAUGGAAUGGAGUACUUCAAGCUGGUACAUAAUGAUGAUGUCAUCAAUAUGUGGAACGUGCGAGUAAAAAGACCACCAAGGAGGGAUUUAGUGCAGGAGUUUACCUUGUCAAUAACAUGCAGAGAUAACGGCAGUCCUGAGCAGAAAAUAUCUCAUAUGGACUUCAAGGUGAAGAUAAUGGAUAUAAACGACCACUACCCUCUGUUUGAGUCAGUAUCGUACGAGAUAUCUAUCCCUGAAAACACUUCACCCGGUACUGAUAUAAUCAGUGUAUCUGCUACUGACGCUGAUGAUGGGGACUUCGGGGACAUCACUUACAAGAUAGCGUCGGUUUCAGUACAGGACACAGGAGCAGAUCCCAUGACCUGGUUUAGUAUAACUCCUAAAGGUGGGGUCAUCAGGAACCUAGUUAAACUGGACAGAGAGAGAACACCUCAUAUCAACAUGAUAAUACAAGCACUAGACGGAGGCACGCCCCCUAACGGGCCCCACAUAGCUACAGCUACAGUGACUAUUAACCUGCUGGAUGAGAAUGAUAACAUUCCAUUGUUUAGUCAGGACCUAGUUGAGACCAGUGUUAAGAAUAACGUCGUGGUUGGAUACGAGGUUACGCAGGUCCGAGCACGUGACUUUGACGACGGAAUUUACGGAGCGGUUGAAUAUUCUCUAGACACAAAUACCAACACAGUGAGACUAUUCAAGAUACACAGAACCACAGGGACUAUAACUGUAGCUCUGCCUCUGCCUGAUACUGACUAUCAAGUUAUCUCUCUAACCGUGCUCGCUACUGAUGGAGGUGGACAGCAAGGUAGAUGUGACGUAGAGGUCUCAAUAUUCGGAGAGAACCAGUACCCUCCUGUGCUGGAUGAGGAAGAGUAUACUAUCUCUGUUAACGAGAACGCCAUCCCUCCCAAAUCUCUGCUAACUGUUUCUGCUACAGAUCAAGAUACUAUGUACUUUGGGGAGGUCCACUACGAGCUAGCAGGUAGUUACGAUAACAAGUUCUCAAUAGAUAAAGACACGGGAGAAUUGAAACUGAUAAACUCCCUGGACUACGAGACCAAGAGAAUGUUUAAGUUCGAAGUGAGGGCAGUCAACAACUACGACGGAACUACAGACAAGAAGGAAGACCGCGCUAAAGUUAUUGUUAUUGUUAACGAUAUUAACGACGAGUCUCCUCAGUUCGCUUUCGACAGAUACAAUCUGACUGCCUUCUCUGAAGAUAGUAAUGGAACUGUUAUCGGUAUUAUCAAAGCUGUAGAUCCUGACAGUGCUGACACAGGCAUGGUAACUUACAGGAUAGUAGGAGGUAACGAACAGAAGCUCUUCAAACUCUCGUCAACCCCUCAGGGUGCUGAAAUCAGAAUAAAUGGUAAUCUACUGUACAUGAUAGGGAAGGAUGUUAACGUAAUAUUGGAAGCUCAAGAUAACAACCAAGACUUCUUUAACGGACACAGAACGCUGUUAUGGAUUUCUAUAAUGGCAGGUAAAGGUCCAGGAGAUUACGAGAAAACUUCCUCUGAGAAAACUUGGCUGGACAGAUACCUUCCUUUCUUGAUAGGAGCAGUAGUGUUGAUAUCACUAGUGUUUAUAGUAAUUAUAGUAGUGAUCUGUAACAGAGCCAACAACCAGCACAAACUGAACUACGCUCCCACUAAACUACCCGCCUACGAGUACGAGUACGCCGACCUAGACGAACAGUACGGACUAGAACCGGACACUGUUAAAGCGUACAAUAUAGACGGAGGAGGAGAGUGUGAUAGACUGUCUGCUUUUGAAGCGCUGACGAACCAACUACAAAACUUACAACAGGACUACAUUUCUGAGAAAGGAUAUAGUAACUACUACGGUUAUAACGAGAAGAAGAUGAAGUCUCAUAUCGACAGUGAAGGUUACUUUUCACUCAGUGAUCCUGCUUUUAACGAGCCUGACAAGGUGCAGUGUGGAGACAUUCCUGGGGGAGAUACUGGAGACAGGAGUCUAACUCUGAACACGCUGCUCAACAGUCAGAAUAUCUACAGUAACAUGCCGCAAGCAGACCCUGUCAAGUGCGACAGUAGCAAAUACGUUCCUCUUUCUCCUCCUCCUGAUCCGCACGAGAUAUACAGGAGACAUCAGGAGGAGCAGGAAUAUCUGGGCAGACCUGAUGUAGGGGAGCAAGACUUCUUAGGACGUCCCACCCCCGACUGUGGUGAGUUUGUGAGGAGCCUCCCCCCGCUAGAUAACAACUUCCUGCCCAUGUCCCCUGAACUCUCCCCGCCCCCUCUCAACAGCGACCCUCCGUCACGUGAUGAGAUCCCCACACGUGCAGAACACAUCGCCUCUCUGUCGUCUCUUAUCUCAUCACAGAGCCGACCUAGUGAGAUUAGAGGACUACCCACCUCCCUCAUGGGGCCCAAUCAGGACGCUCUAUUAUUGUCACGUGACUUUGACAAUGAGAAUCCCAGAACUGAGACUAUUUCUUUAAAUUCCGAACAUUCCGUGGAUUUUUAGCGUCUUGAUUUACUGUCGAUCUAAGUUGUAAAACACACGUGAUUUUAUCUAACACGUUUAAUUUAUUAAUUAAACAGGUUUGAUAAAAUCGUAAUAAAUAUUGAAAUUGAGGAUUUAUAAGGAAAUAAAAAGUUGUGUUUUACAACUUAUAUAUUAUCAGGAUGCGAGUCGUAUUAUUAGUGUAAUUUAUUGAUGAUAUUGAUUAUAUAUUUGUACAGAAAAGACUUAAACGAAAAAUAAUCGUUCAAAGGAGCAUUUCCGUUUAUAAAUUAUUUGAUUUUUAGGUUGAACAGUUUCACAUUUACAGGAUGUUGCCUUUAUAACGAGAAAAAACAAAAUUGUCAGCCUGCCGACUGAAACAAGUUUAUAUUUACAGCACAAUUGAUUAAAUCAGACACUGUUUUCCUUUUUUCACGGAGGUUGUCACCACUAUUGACUAGGUUAUUAAAGAUUAAUAUUAAAUUAAGUAAAUAAUAGAAUAUUUUUUAACGCGAAUUUGGUUACAACCCUCAUUUAACUGUCCGUGAUAGUAGUGAAUUAGAAAGUUGGUUAUAAUACGUUUUUAUGUUAAGUUUAUUCUUCAUCGCUUUACAGGACGUGUUAAUCAACACAAUUAGUAUAAUUAAUUUAAUUAUCCGCAUAAUUAUUAGAAUAAUAAUUAGUAUAAUAAUUGACCUUGACAUAAUUAGUGAAUAAAGCUCAGAACAGUUUGCUCUGAAGCAGCUCGUUUAAAUGUCGAGAUGAUUAUUUGUUUUAGUUUACAGUUGAUUGGUUAAAUUAUCAUUUAGUUGUUUACUGGCGUCGUUGCUCUUCUAACAUAUUGGUUAUCAAGAAUUCAAGCUGGCUGGAUUAUACUGGGUUUUAAGUUAAUAUCAUGACUACUGGUUACUGGUUACUGGCUAAUAUUAUUAUUUAGAGAGUUAAUGGAAGGGUUAACUAGAAUAUUAGAUCGAUAAUUUACUAAUUUAAUAGUAUAACGGUUGCUAUAGUAACGAUCCAAUUUGAAGGAGACUUGACACUUUUCUACUAUUCCAUUAUGAUGCAUUAUAAGUAAUGUGCUCCCAUUAACUUUAACAACGAGGGAAGCAACAUUUCUACUUUUACAGUAGUAAUGUACAGUAAGUACAGUAAAGUACAGUGUGUUAGUCUCAGGUUUUAUAUGUUUAGCGGGCAGAAGAGCGUAUUAUAGAUCAUUAUACCUCUUACACUGUAGCAUAUUAUUAUCAUUACACUGGGAGACCGAGGUUACUAAUUGGUUUACACUGAACAUAUUAUGGAGAAUCAGACUGAAAUAAACUAUAAUCUACCCUGGAUACAAAGUAUCCUGGUAUCCUGGCCUGGGUAGUGGAUACAAGCUGACAGACUGCUGAAUUGAGAGAAUAUUAUAUUAUUAUGAUACCACAUUCAAAUGUCAAUUUAAAUUAUUGGUUUUCAAGCGAGAGAAAACAAGACGUGUUUCAUGUUGGUCCGAUCGUUUUGUUUGCGCCAAAUGUUAUGUUUAUGAAGCAUAAACAUGCGAAUAUGUUAUUAUACGUUUCAGUCUUUUCAGUAAAAUGUUUUAAAACACCUUAAUAA